AUGGAGGCCUCUUCACCACUGGCUGCCAUGCAGCCUUCGGCUCCCCUCUCUCUCUGGGGAUCGAGCCAGGACCUGUUCCGUUCUCAUCCUCACAGCCACUACGCCACUUCGACCGACAACUUCGGCAACAGGGCUCUGCGCCAGCGUCUGCAGGCGACCGACUAUUUCAGCACCAAGGACUCCCAGACCUCCUCUCCGGCUGCUAGCCUGGCUGCCGACCUGUCGCAGAACUUCCGCAUCGAUAAUGAAGCUAGUCCGCACUUUCCUACCCCCAGACGGGCCCUUUUCACCGCAAACAUGAUGGGUGGUAUGGAGUCGAGAGGUCUCUGCACCACUCCUCCCAUACCCUCAUCCUCGCCUGCUCCUACCCUGGAGACCAUGGAGAUGUCGCCGCUUCCCCACAAGGUGCCCUUUUCCACCCACUUCGACGUCAUGUCGCCCACCCCUUCCAGCACCGCGUCGUCGUCCAUGGACCGCAGCGACAGUAUGAUGCUCGACUCGCCGCCCCCUAUCCAGAGGCAGUCGCUCGAGCCGUCCAAGAGCAUGCUUCCCGACCGCAAGAUCGCUGCCCUCCGUCGACCCUCCCUGUCGCGUAACAAGGGCCACAGCACCGGCAACGUCACCUGCCGCACCGACGAUACGAGCUCGCUCCCCGCCUUUCGUUUCGGUGCCAUCUCUGGCUUCAGCCAGCCCAGCUCCGGCCUGUCUCUUCACGAGUGCUUCGAGUCGGCCUCGCCGCCCCCCAUCCGCCGACCUCACUCGGCUAACAGCCCCUGCGCCCCUGGUCCCAUCCGAUGCCGGCCACAGCUCGCCGGCAUGAACCCCUCGCGUAUCUCCUCGCCUGCCGGGAGCCACUCCCGCCGUCCGUCGAACCCCUACCUCCGCAGCAGGAAGCAGUUCCGCCGUUCGCUCAGCAUGUACGAGCAUCCCGCCGACAUCAUGAAGCCCAACCCCCAGACGGAGGAGCCCGGCUCCUCGAGCCCCCAGUCUGUCACGGACACCGACGAGGCCCCCGGUCCCAUCCUGCCCCACUUCAUGCCCGACGACCCGGCCGAUACUAUCCCCCGCAUCUCGAAUGAAUGCCUGCUCGACCUGCUCGACGGCAAGUACUCGGAACACUUUGACCAGAAGAUGAUUAUCGACUGCCGCUUUGAGUACGAGUACGAAGGCGGCCACAUCGACGGUGCCGUCAACCACAAUGACAAGGACCUCCUGGUCUCCCAGCUCUUCCAGACCCCCAUGCACGGCCGCACCCUCCUCGUCUUCCACUGCGAGUACUCAGCCCACCGCGCGCCCCUCAUGGCCCGCCACGUCCGCUCCGAGGACCGCACCGCCAACAAGGACAACUACCCCCACCUCACCUACCCCGAGGUGUACAUCUUGGACGGCGGCUACAGCGGCUUCUUCUCGGAGCAUCGCAGCCGGUGCUACCCCCCGGAGUACGUCGAGAUGUCGGACGAGAAGCACCAGCGCACCUGCGAGCGCGAGAUGGGCCGCCUCAAGCAGCGCAAGGCCGGCUUCAGCCGAGCCCAGACCUUUGCUUUUGGUCAGCGCUCACCGGCCUGCGAGAUGGACUCGCCCACCGCCCCCGGCCGAGCCGUACCUAGGCAGCUCCCUACCUCCAUCUUUGGUGCCUCGCCCAUCUGGGAACGAUCACAACCCACCCGGCGUAUGGCGUCGUAUUGA